GUCGCGGACGGCGAGCAGCAGAUUUCGCAGUCACCACCCCCCUCAGCGCACGCCGACACGGGUUUCUAAGUAGGAAGAAGAGGAGGAGGAGGAGGAGGAGACCUGGGCCCGGAACACGGCGCGCGUGCUCGACGGAGCGCCCCCCCCCCGCUCGCGAGAGACUGCCCCGGAGAGGCGGCCCACCCGUGCGCUGCGCGGCGGCGGCUGCGAGUGCAGUCUCGAGGCCAUGCUCCUGUCCCCGGCGGCACGAGCACGCUGCUGGAGGAAGAGGAGGAGGAGGAGGAGGAGGAGGAGGAGGAGGAGGAGGCAAGCAUGGUGUGUCUUGGCAUGGGCCUCUACUGUGCGCCAACCCCCAACGUCGGAACCGCCGUGCUUUGGGCGAUUUCGCAGGCCAGGGGGACACUUCUGCCCUUCUGGUCAAUUUGUUUCCUCCUCACAAACCACACAUCGCCUCCCCCAUUCCCACCAUUCAGCCCCUCCCUCGCGGGAGGUCCAUCCCCCUCCAGCAAGAGGUAUCUCGCAGAGACGGGGAGGACCUCCCUCUCGCGGGAGGCAAUCACACCACGGGCUCAGCCGUCUUCUGCAGCGUCUCUGCUGGCCUUCUCCUGCCCGCGUCGACCUGGCCCCGCUCCACGUCCACCAGGUAGAGCAGCAGGCUCCCCACCGUGAAGGCAAGGGCGCAAUACCAAAACGAUAGGUAAUAAUUUCCCAUCGCAGUGUGUACGAACACCACCACCAAUGUCCCGACCAAGCUCGAGCCCUUGUCCAUGAUCACCCACAUGGAAAACAUGGUAGCCUCCUGACCAACGGGGAUGACCUGCGCAAACACGGACCUGGAAUUGGCCUGCAUGGAGCCCAUCGUCAGUAUCAGCGGGGUCAUGGCGGCGUAGAAUCCUGCAGUGGAGUCGGUCAUGCCGAAGGCACACCCGACCGCGAUGGGGGCGAACAUCCCGACCUGGACGAUGAGCGCGGACUUGCUGCUCACCCCGAGUUUCCACUGUAGCGCGCUCCACAAGAACACGCCCAGAAAGCCUCCGAAAGCGGCGAGCAUGAAAUUACCGAAGGUUGCCACGUCCCAUGUCGAUAUAGACUCUUCCAAGAGCAGAACCGAAAGAUUUAGCAUUGUAUUGAGGGCGUCGGAAUAGACGAAGAAGGCCGCCAUCAUCAUACCGCACUGCUUCUUUCUAUACAGGAUCAACAGCCCGUUUCGGGCCUGGAUCCAGCCCAGCUUCGGCGGAUUGCUGGAGCCCUCUGGGAACGGGCCCCCGGGCCUUGACUUCAGGUGCCUGAAGCUGUAAUGCGAAAACGCACACCACCAGACGCCGACCACUGAGCAGCUGAGGCUCAGAAAAAAUAGCCGGUUGAACUCGCUGCAGGUUUGCUUCGCCGUGUCGCAGGCGAAUAUGAUCUGAAUGACCAUGCACAGGACCGACGCACAGAGGCCCCCUAGGUAGCCGAUGAGCUGGCCCAUGUUCGACAUCUGGUCCGUUACCUUGGCUUCCUUGUCCGCCCGCUCCUUGCCCUGAAGGCCCGCGACGCCGAAGUGGUAGUGGGCCAGCUGCGGCAGGAAGGAGUCGUAGUAGGUGAGCGAGCUGAUGAACAAAAUGCCGAGGAUGAUGCGCAUGCCCCCGGCCACUGCCCACAGCGAACUGUCGAAGAAAAAAAUGCAGGACACGCACGCGAGGGAGCCCGCCCACGUGAGCCUUCGCAUGACGGCUAACUUGCCGUUGCCGUAGUCCGCAUACGCAGACAAACAGAGCAAGGCAAAUACCUGUACCCCUGCAGUGACCCACAGCACGAGAGCGGGGUAGCUCCCUGCUGACGGCCACGCCCAGUACGUGCCCUCCGCGUCCGCCAUCUCGGCCAUCCUCUUCAGGAGGACCUUGAAGACGGGGUCCAGCACCUGGUAGAACGGAGAGUUGGCCCAGUCGUACGCAUACCAAGCCCGCACCUCUUUCUCCGUCGCUUCUAGCACUCCUUCCGGCCUGACGUCGGCGACGGCCUGAUCGAGAGCAUCCCCAUCGGCGGCGCAAGCUCCCGCCCCCUCCGCGACGGGCGCGUCAGGGGCGGCCAUUGCCGCCAGGGGCCGGGCGCCGCUUCUGGGCGCAGGUAGCCCCCUUGAGCCAAAAUGGCU